UGCUAUCUGACUUCUUCAAUGGAGCAACUAGACUAACUAGGAACUCCAUCAUCCAUGUUGAGUUGGUUUGAGCAUCUGAUCAGGAACCUCUUGGACUUCGCUACUGUUGCCUUUUACCUCAGCAAACCAAUCUUGGAUAAGAGGAAGACAAUGGAUUGUUACCAAAGCCAGAAGAACACCAAGAAUAUAUUGCAGCAACGUCCUUAUCUGCUUUCUGGUUUUUGUAGAAAGUCAUCAGCAGCAGUUCAGAUGCUAUGUGUGACUUACGGGGUCAUCGGGCAACUUGGGGUCAUCGUCUGUGGCAUCCUCCCUCGCUGGAGAGUUUCAGCCCACAUAGGAACUUCUGUGUCUUUGGGUGUGGAGGAUCUUCAUGAAGGUCUGUGGAUGGAGUGCGUGACGCAGAGCACUGGGCAGCAGCAGUGCAAAAUGUACGACUCCAUGCUGGAGUUACCCUCUGACCUCCAGGCCGCCCGGGUCAUGACCAUCAUCAGCUUCAUUCUCAGUGUUCUCAGCCUCUUCAUCAUGUUCUUUGGUGCCGACUUCACCCCAUGUGUUCAGAAUGAAAACGCCAAGCCCAAAUUGAUCCUGGUGGCCGGAGUGGACCUGAUGCUGGCCGGCCUGCUGGUGAUCAUCCCGGUCAGCUGGUCGGCACACAACACUGUGAGAGACUUCCACUACUACUGGUUAGGGAAUUCCCAGAAGAGAGAGCUGGGAGAGAGCAUCUAUAUCGGCUGGGCAGCUGGUGUGAUACUGAUCCAGGCUGGAGUUCUGCUCUGCUGCUUCGGCAGACCCAGAUCCAGCAGCUCAGGUGGAACCGCCAGGUACCACAGUAACAGAGCUUCAGGUCCAAACGACGACGCAAUUUAGAGGCUUUACGGAAGGGACUGGUGUCAAAUAUACGGAUAGACCAGAGGGCUGAGUUGGUAAAAACUGGGAAGACACACAGGAGAUGCUGCCUAUAACUGAAUCUGAUUAUUAGUUCCAUAAUUCUAGCUGCUGGUGCUUCAACAUGCUUUAAUCUGUAAAUCUUCACUUUCCAACAUUCUGUAAGUUCUUUGUUUUUAUUUUUUAUUCUAUUUUGGCAAAACUCUUAAAAUCCCAUCAUUUGUUUGCCUAUAAAAUAAAUGUUACGAUACAAAAACCGUCUCUGUAAACUGAAAAGUUAGAUUUCUUAGGAACUUUGGAAACUUUUCAAAAUAAUUACUUUUUUCUUUUUUAAUCCCUGAUAUGUUUCAUUUAUGCCGCCAUUUAUUUUCUCCAGAUCAGAAAGCUGCUAACAGAUCCACAUCAGGAAACAAUUUUAUGACAGUUUCUCUGUUGCUCCUAUA